AUGGACGAUGUCAAUACGCAUCAACAGCUGAGGCCAUACUACGACCCAGAUACUUUCAAUGCGGGCUACACUUCUGUAUUCAAGCCUGAUCAAGGCGUUGUAGACGGUCAAGGCCGAAGCAUCGCCUCCAAGCUGAAUAUAAUGUCACAACGUCAGUCGUCACGGCUUUCCAAGUCGCUGAAGGAGCCUGGAAUCCUGUCACAAUUGUCUGCUGGGGUAAAGGCUCAAGUACGAGACACAGAUGCGGUGGAGAAAAGUCACAAGUCGUUCAAUGACAUGGAAUGGAACGAUGUUCUAAACUGGAGAUCUUGGAAGAGUGUGGGGUCCAGUCUAUUAGAACAAUUUCUGCGACUCUAUUUCAGACAUCUUGUUCAACAGCCUUUUGAGGUUUCCAGGCUCUUGCUGCAAGUGAGUGAGUUCCGGUUUACGAAAGCCACGGAUAAUACGAAGAUUUCGCUAGAGAUGAGUGAGAACAACGAAAACACAGAGGACGGAGCUAGUGCCGAAGUAGCGGGUGAUAUCGAGGAGGAGAUAGAGUACUUCCCACAGACAUUCCCCGAUGACGAGCCCAAUUGGUCUGAAGCGCCGGCCAAUUCUAUCGCGCAUGCAAAUCAUGACCAUAGCUCGCCUUCUUUGACAAAACAGAUCCAGCCCAACUCUUUGCAUACUAUGGAUGUUUUGAAUUCGAUCAUGGAGGAAGAAGGGACCCGCGGGUUGUGGAGGGCUAACAACACUACUUUUAUUUACAACUUUUUAUCAGUGACGCUGGACGCCUGGUUUACUGGUUUGAUCAGUCCCUUUCUGCAAAUCCCUGAUCCUUACUUUAUCGACAUCGUUCAUUCUACAGACCCGCGCAAAUCCAUUGCUUUGACAGUCUGUGCCAGUGUUUUCACUGGUCUGAUUCUUUUACCGUUGGAUCUUAUCAGAACGAGACUUACUGUGACUUCCGUAAAACUGCCGGACCGGAGCAUGCGCGACCUGCUGAAAAAAUGGUCCUGGAAGCGCGACGCCAGCGGGAUUCCUCUGGACAUGAUCAUUUUGAACAUUGGCCAUUCCUUGACGUCUACAGUAUUUACCAACCUCACAGGAGUGCUUCUUUAUCAUCAGUUCAAGAUCGACAGGUUUACACAGACUAUUUGGUACAACACUCUGGAGCUGUUAUCCAACAUGGUUGAGCUUUUCGUGAAGCUGCCGGUCGAGACGCUACUGAGACGCUGCCAAACAGCCUAUCUAUUGAGGAAGAAGCCCGAGGACCCCUUCCCGAUCGUUGAGGUAAACAUGGUCGUCCAUCCACGCGAAUACGGCGGCAUCUACAGCACAGUGCGGGAUACAAACCGGAUUCACGAACUUUGGAGCGGUUGGAGACUCGGUCUCUUGAGCGUGUUCUGCGGCUACGGAUUGAAGAUGAUGAACUACGAAGCUACAGAGGAAGAGAAAUUCUGA